AUGUACGUCCAAUUACCCUUCGACGAGUUCAAGGUAAACCCUUCCAACAAAAAGAGAGUCGCCUACUUCUACGAUGCAGAUGUCGGCAAUUACGCCUAUGGCGCUGGCCACCCCAUGAAACCACAUCGUAUAAGAAUGGCGCACUCGCUCAUCAUGAAUUACGGUCUCUACAAAAAGAUGGAGAUCUACAGAGCAAAACCAGCCACGAAACAAGAGAUGUGCCAGUUCCACACAGACGAGUACAUUGACUUUUUGAGCCGUGUGCUGCCCGACAACUUGGAUCUUUUCGCCAAGGAGCAGAUCAAGUUCAAUGUAGGUGACGAUUGUCCGGUGUUUGACGGAUUGUUUGAGUACUGUGGUAUUUCUGGAGGUGGAUCCAUGGAAGGUGCCGCACGGUUGAACAGAGGUAAGUGCGACGUCGCAAUCAAUUACGCGGGUGGUUUGCAUCACGCGAAAAAGUCCGAGGCGUCGGGUUUCUGUUACUUGAACGAUAUCGUGUUGGGUAUCAUUGAGCUUUUGCGCUACCAUCCUAGAGUGUUAUAUAUUGACAUCGAUGUCCAUCAUGGUGAUGGUGUCGAAGAAGCUUUUUACACAACGGACAGAGUGAUGACUUGUUCUUUCCACAAGUACGGUGAAUUUUUCCCAGGAACUGGUGAGCUUAGAGACAUCGGUGUGGGUAAGGGUAAACACUACGCUGUCAAUGUUCCAUUGAGAGAUGGUAUUGAUGAUGUCACGUACAAGUCUAUUUUCGAGCCUGUGAUUCAGAGAAUCAUGGACUGGUAUCAACCAUCCGCCGUAGUCUUGCAAUGUGGUGGUGACUCGUUGAGUGGAGACCGUUUGGGAUGUUUCAACUUGAGUAUGCGUGGUCACGCCAACUGUGUAGACUUUGUCCGUUCUUUCGGUAUUCCCAUGAUGGUUCUUGGUGGUGGAGGUUACACCAUGCGUAACGUGGCCCGUACGUGGGCUUUCGAAGCUGGUUUGCUUAAUGAUGUGGUGUUGCCCAAUGAGUUGCCCUACAACGAGUACUACGAGUACUAUGGCCCAGACUACAAGCUCGAUGUUCGUCCCUCUAACAUGUACAAUGCCAAUGCAUCGGAGUUCCUCAACAAAAUCUUGACAAGCAUUGUGCACAACUUGGAAAACACCAAGCACGCACCUUCAGUGCAAAUGAAUGAGGUACCAAGAGACGCCGAAGACUUGGGCGAUGAAGAAGAGGACACUGCGCUUGCGUAUGAUACCAAGGGAGGUUCUCAACAUGCCAGGGAUGAGCACAUCGUUCCUGAUAACGAGUUCUACGAAGAAGAAGACCACAACCCAGGUGAGAAGCACAUAGGUGUUUCUGUGCCAGCACCAACAGCAGAAGAUUCUGUGUCUGAGCCUGCUGCUGCUGCUGCUGGAGAAAACAAGACCGCCGGAUCUGAGAGUAAGGAAGAUGACAUGGUAGUUGACUCGACUGCUCCGGUCAUCACGGACGAGGAGAUGAAGGAAAUAGACUCGUUGAACAACGAAAAUGGAGAAAGCAAUACUUCUGCUCCUGCCCCUGAAGCUACAUCCAACAACGUGUCUACUUCUGCAUCUUCUUCGGGAAUUCCCCCACCUCCUCCUCUCCCUCAAAGCUUGUUAGGUAACUCAAAGAGUACUACGACUAGAUUACCGAAUUGA